AUGAACUUUAACGCCUCUGACAUUGGCCCCAGCCAGCACAACCAUGACCAUAGCCUGUCAAACGAGCUUGAACAAUCACUGGCUGCGUCAUCAGAUGCCCUCCACCUCGAUUGCUUCUUCAACUUUGACAAUCCUCAGGCUGGGGCUCAAGUUGGUCACAACCAUGCCAAUCAUCAACUUCCAUGGAUAAUCGGCUCUACUAGUGGGCGGUGGCCCCCCCAAAACGUGCCACCAAUGGGACUCCACCAUGAUCCUUACCGUGAUUAUCGUCAUGCAGAACUUCAGCGUCAGUCGUUACCCUCACCGCAGCCUGUCGUGCCAAGGCUUGCGCUGGGUCAACCGUCAUCAGAUCAUCAUGAUCAGUUCCUGCCCCAGUGGGCUCCGGAUCAACCCCAGAAUCUCCAACUUGACGAAGUCAUUCAAACCUCCUUUAACGCGGUUUGGCCCAGAGAGUGGCCCUCUCAUGAUCAAGACUUCCAAAUCGCAUCCAAUGAUAACCAUAUUCCCGGACCAGUGCCCAACAGUGGGCCAUCACCAUUGCUGGGGCCUGGGAUCACCGCCCAGCCCACUGUGACUCCAAGUCAAAUGUCUACGGCCCCCCAGCAGGGCCGAUCCAAACACACUGCUAAAACUAGUACGUGCACAUCAUCCCGGCGCCUGAAGGCCAAAAGUGGCAUUGAGCCAGAGGGGGGUGAAAUGCCUGUUCAAAACUACAUGUUCGUACCUUCGAACUCCGGAGAUGCUACGUUGGACUUUCGUGAAGAGAUGAAAUAUUCACUUUUCAAUGAAUCGCUCUUACCUACAAUGCCCAAGAUUAAAAUUAUGGUACGGACCUCUUGGGAAACUGCAAUCAGCAGGCAGCCAGCGGACCUUCGCGAAUGGGCUGAGAAUUUUCGCUGUUCUCUGGAAAAGGGCCUCGUGAACAUAGUCGACUCUAUGAACAUCUCGCACCUUAUCAAUCGCAGGAUUCGAGUCUUAUACUUAACGGAGGAUGAAUCCAGAUUUCUUGAUGUCACGCUAACGAUCAAUGGGCGUAUCAUUACUGUUCUUUUUGGAAACCCAGCUAUCAUGGCAUACAUUGGAUACCUGCUGUACGACAGCAGGUAUCAAUAUCAUCGCUAUAUCAGCAGUGGCUCGACUGAACCAUCGCCCGAUGGUGUAUCCACAAUGACGGUUGAGAAGUUGCGACCACUGUUUACUAUGACAGGCACUCUCUUUCGCUGGGCCUUAGAAGAGCGGCGAACGGGUACGGUGAUCGACAGUCGUUCUAAAUAUGCGAGGGCAGAAGAACCCAUAGACUUACCACUCUUUGAAAUUCAACUCCAGACAUUGCCGUCGUCGGGUUCUGGAGACUCGCUGGCUGACUCAGUGGAGUCUGAGUCUGAACGACGUCACCAGCCCUCCCAGCUUCAAGGUGAGCUUCCUCUAGCACCUCAAGACGUUCUUCUUUCUCCUUGCGUAGGGGGUUAA